UAUUAUUUUUUUCUUCAAAUAGGAAAAGAAGGUGUAUUCUACAAAAUUGGGAGGGAAGUUGCAUGACCGGAAACUGAAACGAAAGCGACGUCGAGUACCCUACCACUCUCGAUGUCACUAUCCAACCUCGACUCCGGCGCUCCUCAUUCGUCGUCCGAGUACGACGUCGAGUACCGUUCCAAGACCGACGACGCGUGGUAUAGCGUCCGUACACUACUCAGCGGAGAGAAACUGACGGUAAAGUACUACAACUUCUGCGAUGUCUACGACGACGUUUUCGAGCCGCAAGACUUCAAGACUGUAGAGGAGAUUGAGGAGUUCAAGAAACGGUUCAGGUCUCUUUCUGUUCAAUUGCAGGACAGCGAGUGCAGAAAAGUGGCUGAGGGUACGGUGGUUUGCGUUUCUCACUUCUUCUCUGACUUCGACGUCCGCUUCUACGACGCCGUUGUCGAUGGUGUGAUAUACAAGGAUCAUUCUUUUGUCAAUGGAGAAGAGCGAUGCAUGUGCACCUUUGUGGUUAUCUGGGAACAUGGUCCAAUUUUUGGAUGUUUGGCUAACAAGAAAGUAGAGAAUAUAUGCGUUAUUCAGUCUAACACACAGCUUGAUCCUAAGGUAGCCAAGUUUUCGAAGAUAGUUAUGGACAGACUUGAAAGUGCUGCAUAUGAACCUAAUUUACCUUCUAGUUGUGGCACACCUCAUGAAGAUAUUGCCAGCUUGCCUGUGAAGCUUGAUUCAACUUUUUCACAUCGCUUUUCCCAGGAAACAAAUUGUGCCAGCCAAUCUACGAGUAAUAGAUGGGCAUCUAAAGAGAUAGAAAGGAUUUGUAAUCGUACUCAAAGAAUUACAGAAGAAACUGAUAUUGGAGGGAUUGACAAUCAUUAUGUUGUGUUGAUUGACAAUCUGGAGAAGGACCUAUCCCCUUCAACAAUUAUGGAAUUUAUACACCGGCAAACUUCAAUAUCAGUUCGAGCUUUUGUUUUUCCAAGUUUAUCAUCAGAGACAUACACAAAUGGAGCUGUCGUGUUGGACUUUGAGAAGGAUCUUCAGAACUUAUGUGAAUUUUUGGAUAGCGCCGAUCACAUUAUCACGUCACAGAGAGGGAGGCCAUGGGUGGUGGCUGGAAAGUUGUCUGGGCAGGAUACAAAUGUGAUGCCUCCAGGAAUCAUGAUACCUAAAUAUCAGAACAAUUUCCAGCAUGAAAAGCGUGGGAUUUCCAAUGAUUUAAAAGUUGUCUAUUACGGAUCUGAAGAAUACAGGAUUGCAAAGCAGUUGAGAGAUUUGUUCAUGGAGUUUUCUGAGCAUCAGCAACGAUUACACAAGAGGCUAGCUUUGGAGGAGCAGAAGAUCUUGCAGCGUUCCCUUACAUUGUAGUUGCAAGAGAGAGAUGUUAAAGCUUGUGCAUAUGCUGCUCCUAUGUACAGAGAUGGAGAAGUGGGUGUUGAGAUACCUAGCAGUGGUAAUAACGGCGAUACUAUGGAGGAUGGAAAGGACAUGUGGGAUUAGAUUCGUGAUAGACAAAGAAGAAUGCGUCUCUCACAAGGUAGCAACGGAAGGUG